AUGGAGGCAGCUUUGCAGGAGCUGCAGCGGGUGGUCGGCGAGCAGGCCGCCCAGAUCCAGAGGCAAUGGUGCUUCGUGUUCGAGUCGACGGCAGGGCUCGUCGACCUAGAGCAGAUCAUGACGCACUGCGAGAUCACAGAGGAGACCGAGCUAGGCUGGGCAACACAGUCGGAGAGGGUCCAACUUAGAAUGAAGGAGUGGGAGAAGAACGUCUCGCUCUACGAAGCACAGUCCCUGGAGAAGGCCACGGAAGGCACGAGGAUUGCUGUCGUGGUCAGAUGGGCUCCAGAGGACGUGAAGGCCGUGGUCCGUCAAGCUCUGGGGGCGGUCGGCCAUGACUACAACAGGCUGGCCAAGAUCAUCACGGACUACAUCGCCAGCGGCAAGGUCUACGAGACCACGGGAGCGCCCCGCGGCAUCCAGCACGACGGGCCCAUGCCCAUGGACGCCGGGCUGGUGAAUGAGAACGGAGACGUGGGUGGCAUCUUCAAACCUCCGAAGGGGCACGGCAAGCAGGCGAGGAGGUGGAGAAGCCAACCAGAUAAGGGCAAGAGCAAGGAUAAGAAAGGCGGCAAGGGAGGCAAAGAGAAGAAGAAGUGCGACAAGUGCGGGAUGCCAGGCCACGAGGCCAAGGAUUGCAGGCCACACACCAAGUGCGGCAAGUGCGGGAAGCUGGGCCACAAGGCUUCGGAGUGCAGAUCGAAGCCAAAGAGUGCUGAGGUCAAGAGGAUAGUCAACGAGGAGGACGAGCUGUGGGUCAUGGGCGUCGCCGAGAGCGUGAACACCAUCAACGGCGGCAGCAAGUAUGUGUGGGUCUCGAACGACAGCGGGUCGGACGCUGAUGGGUGUCCCCUCGGCUUCGGUCACCCGAGCGACGACGUCGAGGAUCCCACUAGAGUGGAUCUGAGGACGGCCACGAACGACGAGAUCCAGGAUUGCGGCGAGCGGAACGUUGGCAUCGCGUUCCUGGACGAGACUGGCCACGAGGUGAUGGCCACGAACCGAUUUCGCAUCGGUGACUUCAGCAAGCCUGUGCUCAGCUGCGGCAUCAGAGUCAGAGGGGCUGUCAUUCUCCUUGAGACGGGGAACAGCUACAUGGCCCCGCCGAGCGUGAAUGGCGUUCAGAGGAGGACACCCCUGACGAUCAUUGGGACGAGCUUCUACGCGAGGUGUCGGGUGCUGGAGGCGGGUGCUCACAAACAUCGAGCGCUGAGGGCACGCCUGAAGGAACUGCGGAGGCUUGGGACCAUCGAUGCGGCCAUCUACGGCACCAAGAAGCAGCUAUGGGAGAGGCUCGUCAAGUGCGAGCACCAGCUGGAUGAGAAGAUGAAGGUAAAGGAGGCCCUCGAGGAGCGCCAACGGCGACUCCAGGAAGGCGUCGAUCCCGAAGUACCGAGGACGCUGAAGAUCCCAGAGGGAACGGACGCGGAGGCCGUGAGGCAGCAUGAGCUCACCCACGCGAAGUUCGAGCCCUGGUGCCUGGAGUGCGAGCCAGAGGUGCCUGUCGUGCAAAUAGACUACCACUUCUUGAAGGACGACGGCGAGGAGACCGAGGAUGCGGCCAACCGCUUCUCCACCACGCUGGCCGUCAUCGAUUGCGACACGGGUGUCCCUCUGCAGCUCAGCCUCCCAGAGAAGGGAGGCAACCAUGACUACACGGUGACCUCGAUCGUGAGCUUCCUCAGGAGGCUAGGCGCCACGCAGCUCAGGCUCAGGAGCGACGGAGAGCCGAGAAUCGUCAGCAUAGCGAACGCAGCGGCGGCCAAGAGGCUCAAGUUCGACAACUACAAGGUCACGGCGGAGCAGACCCCCAGGUACUCGUCGCAGUCGCUCGGGGCCGUGGGGGCGCAGCAGAAGAUCUUGCAGGGCCAGACCAGAACAAUCAGGGCUGCAACAGAGAAGAUGCUGGGUAUCAAGAUAGGACCAGGCUUCAUCACGGAGAUGUUCCACAUAAAGUCAAAUGGACGGACUCAUCAUCAAGAUGCGACUGGUACCAAGUACCAUGGCGUCGUCCUGAGGUUCGCAGAGACCGCCAUGCUCAAGCAUCCGAUGUCGUCGAGUGGCCACAUGACUGGAGGCAGGCGCAGUCGCAAGUCAAAGUCGAUGUGGGAGAAGGGCAUCUUCUUGGGCAAGACCUACGAGAGCGAUGAGUUCCUCAUGGGGGCGAGCAGCGGGGUGCACUUGGUCAGGACCGUUCGCAGGCUCCCAGAGGAAGACCAAUGCGACCUCGAGCUCGUGGCCAAGAUGGUUGGAGCCCCCUGGGACCGAGGCAUCGGCCAGAUCGGAAGGCCGAAAGGCAAGAGGGUGGUCAUUCUUCCGACUGCCCCGCCUGGGAACAAGCAGGAGGAGACAAGGAGGGGAGUUGCCGAGGACGGGAACAGCUACGCGAGUGCCAGGAGCAGGACAGGCAGCGGCUACAUGGAGGAUGUGGCACCCCCCACACCGAGGCAAGAGGCAGGCGGCAGUUCGUCAUCUCGUCCAGCCCAGCCGACUGGGGAGUCAGAGGUCCCAGAGGUUGAGAUGGGCACCGUUGCAGGCAUCGGCGGCUUCGUGAUGGAUGAGAUCGACUUGAUGCCCGCCAUGGAUCCAGAGAUGGACAUCGACUGGCACGAGGGCGAGUAUGACGUUGACCUCAUCAAGGCAGGCAAGUGCAAUGAUAUCAACGCGAUGCAAGAGAUCGACGUGUUCGAAGCCGUGUCGCCUGACGAGAUAGACUCUACCUGGACAAGGCUGUCGACCAAGUGGGUGUACCAGGAGAAGGGCGAAGAGAUUCGCUGUCGCUUCGUUGCCAGGGAGUUCAAGGGCAUGGACCCUGAGCGCGAGGGGCUGUUUACUCCGGCCAGCGAGCCCACGACUGGCAGGCUCAUAGAUUUCAAGGCGGUGAAGCGGGACCAGCCCACCAUCAUCAUCGAUGCUGUCAACGCCUACUUCCACGCUGACCAAGACAGGCUCGUGGCAGUGGUACCGCCUCGGGAGUGGGUCGAGGCAGAGGCACUCAAGGGAAACACCACGAGGACGAUGUGGAGGAUGAAGAAGAAGCUCUAUGGCGAGGGGGAUGCGAGCAGAGGUUUCAGUGACUUCAUGAACCGCACACUCGUCUUAGAUAUGGAGUUUGAGCAGUGUCCUGACCAGCCAUGUUUCUAUCGUCGAGAGCGGGAUUCAGUGGACCUGGAGCUUCAUCAGGAUGACAUCUACGCGACCGCCGACGACAUCAAGCUCCAGGCAUUCACGACCGAGCUCAGCAGCAAGGUCAAGAUCAAGGUGAGCAAGUUACUCAAGGUCGAGGAUGGCAUGUUCUUGACGGGCAACAGGAAGUACGCGGACCAGAUCAUAGAGCUACUGAACCUCGGCAAGGCAAAGAGUUCGUCCACGCCCAUCGUGACGAAGCUGCUGCAAGAGGACAGCGAGCACCCUCUGAACGCCGAGGAGACCAGUCUCUACAGACAGUGCGUGGGCAUCGCGAGAUACAUGGUCAACUACGUCACGGAGGUCGCGUUCGCUGUUCACGUGCUGAGCAAGAGGCUGGCUGCGCCCACCGACAAUGACACGAAGAGGCGCAAGCACCUCGGCAGGUAUCUACUUGGAGCGAUCCAUCUCCAGAGCGCGAUGAGUUUCCUGGACAUGAACGUGAAUAUCAGGAUCCGCAUGGACUCUUCUGCGGGGAAGGCGGUCUGCCACCGCGUUGGAGUAGGGGGGAUCCGCCAUCUUGAGGUUCGCACCCUGUGGCUCCAGGCUAAGGUGCGAGACAAGAAGCUGGCGGUGGUCAAGCAGGCUGGGGAGACCAACCUGGCCGACGUGGACACCAAGGCGCUGACGAGUCAGAGGUUCCACUGGCUGAGGGCACAGAUGGGACGUCGGCCGUUGGCAGGCGCAGAUGAUAUGGAGGAGAGCACGGCUGUUCGGGUCAACCUCGUGAGCGACUCGACGUCCAAAAUGGCGAGGGCCGGCGCGGCCCUGGUCGCUCUCCUGGACAGCCUGGGCUCGGUGAAGGCAGAUGGUGAGUGCGACGUCUACGGCUACGAGAAGGACAGGAAGGAUAUCAUCCUGCAAAACACCCGUCUUGGGACUGGCGUGCACCUCCAGGGCAUGAUGCUCAUCGUGGCCAUGAUCUCCAUGGUGAUCGUGGCAUGCGCAGUCGGCGGCUGUGCUGGCUGGUGCGUCGGCUACUUCAUGAGGCCGAACCGCACAGAGGAGAGCAGGCAGAUGAAGGAGAAAGUGGAGCUCUCCCAGAGGGCUACCAAGGCCAAGAAGGGGAAGAUCGAGUACAGGACCGUCUCGACCCAGAGCCAGAGAGACCUAGGUUUGUUCCACUGGGAGAUAGAGCUCAGGGUGCCUGGGCUGAGCGAAGCGAGCAACAUGAUGCGGUAUCCCGCUGGAGGGGUCGAGAGGACCACCAGCGGAAGGGCUUGA